AUGCCUACGCCCUCCAGCACAAAGCGCGUCAAAGGCGUGCAAAUCUACAGACCCAUAGUGUAUGGCAACAUCGCCACUCCUAUCACGAAAGAGAAUAGAACUAGUAAUCUCCCGCCGGAACAUACCCACCGAUGGACCGUCUCCGUCAAAGGUGUCUAUGACGAGGAUGUCUCCUACUUUGUCAAACGUGUUCAGUUUAAACUUCACGAGACAUAUACGAAUGCUACUAGAACACUCGAUGCACCUCCAUUCGAAGUCUCCGAAACAGGCUGGGGUGAAUUCGACAUCCACAUCAAAAUCUUCUUCCGCACCGAAUCCGGCGAAAAACCCCUCCAGCUAUACCAUCACCUAACCCUCCACCCCUUCGGCCCGGACAAAGAAAUAGCAAAGGAACAAAACCGUCCCGUCCAUGCCUACCAAUACGAAGAAAUCCUCUUCAACGAGCCAACCGAGGCCAUGUACGAAGUUUUGACUUCGAACAAAGCUCCCGAGCUAGCUCCAAAGAGGACCGGGAAGAUCAUGUACGCUCAGGACACCGAAGGCGAGGAGGAAGACCGUUUAGCCGAGGCGAUCAAGCAAGUCCAGGAGCUCAAGGAAGAGACCAGGAAGAAGCUGAUAGACAAGGAGAAGACAUUGGCUGAGAUGAAAGCUGCGACAGGGAAAUACCCCAAGUCAUAA